AUUAUAAUUGGGACUAGAAUUUCCAGGCUCCUCACGAAAAGUUAGUUACCACGAAGCGUUCCGUGCCCUUCCGAUAUAGCAGGGAGACAGACGAGAUUUAUUUGUAUAUCGAGAUAAUAUUGUUCUUCGAGCUCAGCAGUCCUUUUCGAUUGCAUUAUACUCAAGGCUUCCAUGGUCGUGCCAUCGCUGCCUGGCUGACUCGUUGAAUGUGAUAACAUCAUUUACGAGGAGAAUGGUUGCCUUCGUACCUUUGCUUUCUCCUCCCCUCUCUAAUUAUCGCCUCUCCUUUUUCUCUCUUCCUCCCUUCAUCCCCUUCGUUCUUCGCCUCCUUGUUUUGGUCAUCUUUAUCUUAUUUGAUCUACAUUUCACGUUUUCCCAUCAUAUAUCCAAAUACCACCCUCACUCCCGUCUAAAACAGGUCCAAAACGCACAGCUCAGGGUGGCACCCAGCCCACGGUGGGAGGCCAGUACAGUACGAUGCAGCCCCACUAACACACAGAAGCACUCUAGGGAACGCUGGAUCAACCUGAGGUGUGGGUGGGCGGCGGUUUUCCAAGCACCUAGGGUUCGCUGUUUCUGUCCCUGCUAGUGGCACCCAGUGCUCGUGUCUGGCCGACUGAUCAGGCCUGUGGGAGUGUAGAUUGAUUCACCUGGUAUCCUUGACGCCGGGAUUUUUGGUUUGGAUUGGGUGGUUGGG